AUGAACGUCUUGGGUUACUGUGCCCUCGGCCACAGGUUAACCCAAGACAUUCAUUUCGUUUCGCAUACACUUCUCCUUGCUGAGGACAAGGUUCCUGGCCCUGAGGACAAGGUUCCUGACGCUGAGGACAAGGUUCCUGGCGCUGAGGACAAGGCUCCUGGCGCUGAGGACAAGGUUCCUGACGCUGAGGACAAGGUUCCUGGCGCUGAGGACAUUUUUCAUUAAAAAUAGAUACAUGAACGUCUUGGGUUACCUGUGCCCUGGGCCACAGGUAACCCAAGACAUUCAUUUCGUUUCGCAUACACUUCGCCUUGCUGAGGACAAGGUUCCUGACGGUGAGGACAAGGUUGCUGGCGCUGAGGACAAGGUUCCUGACGCUGAGGACAAGGUUCCUGGCGCUGAGGACAUUUUUCAUUAAAAAUAGAUAAAUGAACGUCUUGCGCUACUGUGCCCUGGGCCACAGGUAACCCAAGACAUUCAUUUCGUUUCGGAUACACUUCGCCUUGCUGAGGACAAGGUUCCUGACGGUGAGGACAAGGCUCCUGGCGCUGAGGACAAGGUUCCUGACGCAGAGGACAAGGUUCCUGACGCUGAGGACAAGGUUCCUGACGCUGAGGACAAGGUUCCUGAAGCUGAGGACAAGGUUCCUGACGCUGAGGACAAGGUUGCUGGCGCUGAGGACAAGGUUCCUGACGCUGAGGACAAGGUUCCUGGCGCUGAGGACAUUUUUCAUUAAAAAUAGAUAAAUGAACGUCUUGCGCUAUCUGUGCCCUGGGCCACAGGUAACCCAAGACAUUCAUUUCGUUUCGGAUACACUUCGCCUUGCUGAGGACAAGGUUCCUGACGGUGAGGACAAGGCUCCUGGCGCUGAGGACAAGGUUCCUGACGCAGAGGACAAGGUUCCUGACGCUGAGGACAAGGUUCCUGACGCUGAGGACAAGGUUCCUGACGCUGAGGACAAGGUUCCUGAUGCUGAGGACAUUUUUCAUUUAAAAUAG